CAAAAGAAUAGGAAGACAAGAAUUUCUUUGAUCCCCAGUGUCAGAAGAAAUACCGGAAACACACAAAAAGAUUAGGCAUCAGUAUGAUUACAUCGAAGGACUAAGUACAACGGAUUUCGGAACGUAUAAGGACUACAACAACUACGGAAUAGAACGUAUAGGUAUUUAUCAUCAAGUUGUAGUAGUAUGUCAUGUUAAGGAUUGAUAAAUGUGUCAUUGUCUUCAUAAAAAGAUAAAAGUAAAGCUAAGCCCAGUUAAUGAAACACAAGUAUGUGCAUCAGCAUCCAUGAAGAUCAUUGACUAUUGUUUUACCAUUACUUCACUAACAACGUAGCAAGAACUAAUAAUUUCGCGGUUGUUGUACUAACAUAAUUUAUGAUCUGUCAUCUUCAAAAACGUAGCCUUGUUAAAACAACGUAUUCGGUUCAAGCAAUCUACUUCAACAUACCUACACCAAUUACCAUUCUUGUCAUAAAAGUAUGUCAAAGUAAAAAAGUAGUAAGUAGUGAUAGUGUUGUGCAGUUUUAUAAAAGUGAAACAAGUAUGUUCUUGCAUAAGUAAAAUUACUAGUACAUCAACGAUCUAUUUCAAAUUAUUCCAAGAAAAAAUGUAAAAAAGUAUGAUCUCUUCCGCCCCACUGCUUAUUGAAAUUGAUCCCUCAUCCGCGUCCGCCUUCAUCUAACGAAGAAGAUAAUUACGUACAAGUUUUUCGAACCUCUUCAGUAUUCAAGAAAAUUCGUUCCCCUCCAUAAAGUAGCAAUUGUUGUUGUACUUCCUAUACGAUCUUGAAUACCUUCGAACUCAAGACCAGGAGGAGCAGGAAUCGGCGAAGAUGGAGUGGCAUAACCACGAGCAGGAGCAAGUAGUGCCUCGCUGCAGCACGGAGAAGAUAGAAGUGGAAGAUGUAGUUGUAGACGAAGGAGGAGAUGUAGCUUGUUCUUUGGUGGAAGAUGUCGAAGAUGUGCCUGUGAAUCCUGCACGUAAGAGACAUCAACGUAGGACCGUGUCUACCGUCGAGACAUCAACGUCUGCAACCGACAUUGCAUCCUCCACUGAAGAUACUUCCUCCAUUAAGGCGGAGCAAGAGUAAGAUUUUGAAUUUCAGAUUAGGUUCUUGAAAGCCUUUCCUCGAGUAACCAAUAGCGAAGUCGAGGGGGCAUCCUAUCCCAUGAAGUUCUUGAUCGAGGAAUAGGGUUGUAACGAAGAGAUAAACAGAUGAGGAGAAGAGUCAACACGAUUCUCGAUUAAGUUGGUCGCGUCCUCUCCUAUGAAUAUAGGUAAAUAUCUAAUUGCAGCUGCACCUCCACAACGCCGAAUGAGGAUUUCUCCGCGAUCGAUGAAGGUGACAAGAAGGUGUCAGAGGCGGAAGACGAGCAAGGGAAAACAACCCUUAAGCAGGAAGAUGAGGAUCGCACUAGAGAUUCCUCAACGUGGUCACGAGACGAAAAAAAUGAGGAGGAGCAACGAGAUACAGGCGAAAAAAAUGAGGAGGAGCAACGAGGUCAUGCAAUGAACCAAAAGAAUCAGGAAGAGGUACGCCAACAACUUCUAAAACGAGUAUAACUUCUGUUGAUGUCAUUGUCCAAUUUACAGACAGCUGCUAGUACACGACUUCUAAAGAUCAACAUUAUAUAUAAGUGGGUAAUAAAUAUCUUUAUUUCAAAUUCUUUGAUUAAAAGAUCUUACACCCCACGAGUGGGUACAUCUGUCUAUCUAUCUAUCUAUCUAUCGAAGACUUUUCCAUAACACGACUCGAAGUCCUCAAAGAAUCUUCAAAAACAUACAUCCAGGAUGAUGACGCUCCGGAGGACCUGUGCUGUCCCAUCACAAUGUUAAGGCCUCAGCUACAUCUUGACUCCUAAAAGAAACUCCUCAGCUACAUAUUGAUGGACCCUAAGAAAACAAGACUGAGUAUUCCACAACUCCUAGGCUCUUACUUACAAGAACUACUAGUACUAGCUUUCCCCUUCUGUACUCUUCUUUUUAUUUACAUCAUCUACAUACCAACUUACAACUACUAGCUUUCUUCUAACCUUCUUUUAACCUAGGACAUCUAAGUACCUACUUACAACUAGUCGCCUUCUUCUAAGAAAGGAGCUUUUUCGUGAUCCAGUGGUGAUCGCCAGUGGGAAUACGUAUGAAAGGUCAGCCAUCGAACGAGUCUUUGGCAGUGGCAACUUCAAGGAUCCGUUGACCAAUGCGCUUUUACCUUCCGCCCUCAUCGUCACGAACUGGGACAAAAGUUAAGCUUAAUCCAUAGGAUCUGUAGAGAGAAGAGAUCCGUUUUGAAGGUCGACACCAACAGUAUGCUUAUCUAUGCAUCCCAAUACAAGGGAUAUAGUAUAAGGCAUGAGCAUAUUCUUACGGGACUCGUACAGCUCUAAUAAGGGAAGCAGGUUCAGUUGUACCUGGAGAGUCGUGGGUCCGAUUUCGUGCCUAGUGGCUGGGCGUCGCGAGACGUGGGAGCACCCGCACAUCCGGGCGUAUCUGUGGUUGUGAACGAACGAAGCUAUCCUUUGAACAUUAAGGCCGCGUGUUCCUACUUUACUCCGUCUUGGUUCAGAAGCAUCUUACUUGCUUGGGCACGUUUAUUUUCAGAAGGAAACGCUUCCCAAGACGGCCUUCAUAAUCGAUAAUUGAGGACACGACCAUCACCAGCUCUAAUAGCAGCACGAACAAUAGUGCCGCUGAUCUCUCGUCCACCAGUAACCGAACAUCAAACGGGGGUGGACGUGGAAGCGUAGGCGAUGUCACAGUGUUUCUGUUGUAUACGACUUGCGUUAUUUUGUUCGGCGUUUCCCUCCAAAGCCUCUUCUUUAUGGCUUCUAUACCCGGAUGCACCUUCAACAGAAGGUGCACUGAUCCAUCUUUUAAUCAAGGCAUCUUACGUACUCAGUACCUUCGAAUCGUUUUCCUUCGAAUCAUUGUAACUAUUGGAAGAUGUUGCACUAUCUGCAGACGUUGUACCUCAAAGGAAUAGGGUGUGUACUGUACGCGUACAACAGGAUGCUCGUCAACAAGAAGAAUCUUAGAUUGUUCCAUAUGUGAGCUCUAAUUUUUCGAUCACCCUGGUUGUGCGACAGCCUUUUCCCUCAACAUCGCGUCAGCAAAGCGACAAAGCGUUUCUAGCGCGGUUUCUAGGGCACGACCAGAAUGUUCCUGGGAGCAGCGCGACCUUCUACGACGUCCAGAAUGAUCAUGAUGAUGGGGUGGACGUGGAUAAUCUUCAAGAACUUCGCCAUGAUGCCGGUGAAUACAACUUCUACAUCGCCGGUCGUCCUCGUCGUGGAGGAAGUAGUAGGAGCACGCAUGACGAUGACGUCGAUAUUGUUGAUCACAACUACUACCAUAUCGAGAAAGCAGUGGAAAUGAUCCUCAGCCUGCAAUAUGAGCCAAAACAACUAGAUAAAACCGCUUCAGGAGCUUCGUCGAAGACCCCUUCUUUAUCGGGAUCAUCUGGCAACGUUGACCAGUUAGUGGAAGACUUGUUGAGUAAUCCAUCCCAUCCGCUGCUAGGACACCCCAUUCACAGAGUGAUGCACAUGUUGCACAAUGCGGGAGAAGGCGAAGGCCACACCAAGGAAGUUGAAGGAAGACUACUAGAGGAGAAGGUACACAACUUGAAUUUCGCACUGAGCUACCUGAUUCAGCUGCCGCAGGAUGUUUUCUCAGCCUUUCUAUUCGGUACCGAAAGCAAUGCGCAGCAAGCCUGCAGCCGAGAGCAGGAGCGGGACGAUGGGGCACUAGAACUAGUCGAAGGAGCUUCAUCGUCUUCGUGGGAGGAGAAGGAUCAUGCUGGAGUGAGUGGAGAAAAUGAUGUUGCAGGACGAGAAAAUGAUGUUCACGAGACAAAGCAGCUAGUAGGAGGAGCGUCAAGAACGAGGAGAACUUCGUUGUUGUCGAAGACGAGUUCUUCGAAGAUAACAUUCUCUGGAAGAGCAGGACCAGCAAAUAUUACCAGUGGCAACUUCACAUCUAAAUCACUGUCUUCAACUAUUGGGCACAGGAGCAGCAGAGUUAAUGAUGCAACUCCGAUCAGUGCAGCAGUUCAGGAGCCCUCCUCUCGCCCAUUUGAGCAGUCACUCUCGCCGUUUGAGCAGUCGCUCGCUGAUAGUGGGGAGUUGUAUUUCUCUAUCCCUAUUUCGCACAUGGCACGAGCCUUCUUCAUGAUUAUGGCGCAAAUUUUGAAAGUAAAAUCGAGAUCCGACGCCUUAAUUACACUAGUAGAUGUUGAUAAAAAUCUACUUCUAGUUCUACUAGAUGAAGAAGGAUUUGGAUUUUUAUGACACGACGUGGCAGUCAACUACGUUGUAUCUACGAUCGUUCUAAGGACAGGAGAAGUCCAUUUGCUGCAGAGGAACCUGUCUCGACGCGCGGGUCCUCCUGUCCGAAGCGGUUCUGUGGUGACAUGUUCAAAAACGACACUCAAGCAAAAAGUUAUGCACUUCAAACAUUUUUCUAGAAGGCAGUGUUUAUCUACAGUUGUGCUCCUGUCAGAUCAUGAAGUAGUGUUACUUAGUUGUGAAAAAAAAUGCAAAUAUUAACUACAGCCUCUCUUUUUAUAGAGCAGGUGGUAACAAGACGAAGAGCCACUGAAUUGAUGUUCUAGUACUUCUAAUAUUAUGAAGGUCGUGACAUAAAAGACGAGAGGACGGGGUAUAAGCUUGUCCCAGCCGCGGCACGGGAAGGAUGGGGAGUCGUGGCGCCUAGAGGAUCUCCAAGUGCUGCAACUGUGAGUGGGCGCAAAGAUAUCUUCAUUAAGGCACACUCUUUCUUCUAGAGGCGCCUAAUGAGAGAUUGGAGGCUGAUCAAUAUUUUUAUUUCUUCAGCCUACUCAAUCUCAAUCAAAGGUAUAACUUAGGGUAUACUUCUGCUUAGUAAGUGUUCAAAGAUUCGUUUUUAGCGUAGCAGUUUAGGGUACAGCAAUUAUCAUUGCAAUUAUCGAUUCUAAGGAGCAAACUCCCGGAGGGCGAGAACCUGCACAAGUCGAAAAAUCAUCUCUCCACUGCAAGACGGCAGCACGCGAGAUGAUGUUAGCACCGGGCCAUCAUGGAGGAUUUGCAGACUCGUAUUGGAGAAUCGUGGAAAGUGUUAUUUUUUCCGAAGUCGGGCGAGAAAUGCUGCAACCGGUUGCUGUUGAUGCAUGUCGAGAUAGUCCGCGUCGCGGUCUCACUGCUGCAACCUGCGCACACCUGUUGCAGGUAGGGGAUGAUAAUCCCAUCAUGCAUGCAGGUGCUGCAGUAGCAGUGUCGGCGACUGGAGAUGUGGUUGAGCAACAGGUCGCUACAAGAAAGACUGUUAUGAUCAUCGUCGUAGUGGCAUAUAGGUCCGUAGUUUUAGACAAAUCAUUUACAUUUAAGUACAUUUUUAUCAAGAAUUCUUCACUGUGAUAUUGAUAGACAUAUUUAUUAGUAGUAGUAGUAGUAGUAGUAGUGGUAGUUCCACUCCUCCUCAUCCCUCUCAUUGAGGGUUUUGUUAAAUUGUUAAGAAUCUUUGAUCGUGACGGGGACGUCUUCGUGCUGUUCAACCAAGUCAUUGCUACCUAAGUCUUUUCUACGUAAGUCCUUUCCAUUUUCCUCAUCUACAACUUCUAAAAUCUCCCGAGUGUCUGGCGAUUUCUUGAGGCUUCUAGGAAGCAGUCUAGUGUUGCUACAUCGCGGGCAGAUGUCACGGCGAGCCACAUUGUUGCAUUGCCUCAGCCCUAAGGUUGGAAAUUUCCUUACAACAGUCUCGGUCCUCCUGGAUGAAAAAAGCCUUAUGAUGAAGAUCGUUUUAUCUAGUGUAUUACUGUCUUAUGCUUUUAGAAUUUUUAUCCUACUACUAGGUAGUGGACCUCCUUGAUCAUGUCGAGAAAAAGAUGAAAACUUUUUAGGAGGCGGUUACAAGAUCAAGAUACUAGGAGUCGUAUUAACACAAGAAAGAGAUGCGAGAUGGCUUCGAGACUCUACUCACGGACUGUGUAAAAGAAGUUACAGCGUGGCUUCUCCUUCUAAUAACAAGACAAGCGAACAACACGAAGAAAGAGGUCGCGCAACUCUGGUGACGCUCUUCAACAAUUAAGGCUCUGAAGAACAACUUCAUCUAUUCUUCUGCUCAUUCUUUUCAGUCAGCAUUCAAACUAGCCCUAACAUGAGACUGGUUCCCUUUUCCCUUGAAGAAGAGGUCAUAAGGUUUAGUUGCAUAGCCCAUCCUCAUCAUGAUACUCUUGACAUCAACAUUCUGAUCGUCGUCAGUCUCAGUUUUCAGAACCUUUGAGCUUUCCCCUGAUCUUCCGUGUCGUGUGAGAACCUCACGGUCAGCCUCACUCAUCCUCUAAGAAUAGGUACUGUCACUCACUUUCUACGAAUAGGUACAACUCACCCUCUUGCUUCUAAGAAUAGGUACUGUCGACGCGUUCAGUCCAGUGUGGGCCGUUGUGUGGCUCGUGCACCAGUGGGAUGCCGAAAUGAUCUCACAAAAAAAAGUCCUAGAGAUACGAGGAAGCUCAUAGAGAUUUUAAUGCAUGGUUGUCAUGCAACUUAUUCGAAAACUUAAAAUAAGUGAGUAACAAACAGCAAAAAAACCGAGUAUCUGUGAUGAAGUUAUCCUCUAGGCUACUCGGUUAUUUCAGUUUAUCGAAUAUAUCUUGUUCUUGAAUGAUCAUGGUGCUGGUAUCUCUCGCAGCACUAGUUGUAGUUCUUCUACCAAAAUGUAAGGUUUUGCGAUAAAUCAUGAAUAUGUACUUAGGUCUUAGGGUUUCGACAUUGCAUUCUUCACGACCAUCCUUCGCUCGUUUUCCAGUAGGAAAAGGGUCAAGGAUGUCCUGAAGAAUGUAAUUCCGUAACCUCCAGACUUAGGUUUGAUAGACCAAGAUCCAGAUUUCGUUGAGCUUGAACAACAUGAUCAUUUUUGCUAUAAUCAGUCAUCAAAAUCUUCAACAUUACUUCGUUCUCAUAGAUGAGCCCACUCCUAUCCCAUCCUAUAAUCACUUCUAUGCUUUUCUGCAACAACUAGCUCGAAGUUCUUAUAGACUCACUCAAGAAGUUAAAUUAACUAGCUAACUUGACUUAUGCACCUACGAAGAUUGCGACAACUUCACCAUUCUUCAUAUUUUUCAACAUGUGAUGCAGCCUCGUCCUGAUGUUACAACUAGUAGUACAAUGGUAGCACACGACAUCAAAUAGAAUGAAGUUCCCGCUUUUCCUAAACCAGACCUACUUGUCCGUAAUCCUACGAUCCACACGUAUAAGUUAAGGCUUCGGGGAAUACAUCUUCAGACACAUACUGAAUUCGUUUGCUAACGAAUAUUUACACACCUAUUCUAACAAAUAAUCACUCUGCCAAGAACGUAACGAUAAUUCCAAUCAUCAAGAAUGUUGCAUGUUAUUACUUUUCUCAACAACAACAGGUGUUGGUCAAUGGUCAUUACUGGCUCAAGAUCCAAUGGAUGAACCUGAUUUCAAUGUCAAAUGACUGCUCUCACUCGUCACCUUGAUCAUGAUCAAUGCCGUUCCUUGUCUUGAACUCAUGUUAGUUCCUCGUAUGAUCAUCGUUUGAACUCAAUGAAGUCCAACAUGAAUUAGCAGCAAGAUCUCCCAGAUCUUUAACUGCACUAUGACCCUUCAUGAUAUCCCAAUGACAUUGAACCCAUUUUGAUACCAUUUCAGGGCCUUAAACAGUCAGUGAUCAUUCGGCACGUCCGUUCUGAUCGUCUUUCUGUUACAUUGCAACGAUAAUCAUUCCAUUUACUCUCAAGAGCCUCAUAUAGCGCUUGGACGUGUUCGGGUGUUCCAACACUGUUUCAAGCCCUUGAGCCUUACCUUAUUAAAGAAAUUGCUAGUCAAUACUUUGUAGAAGUAGAGAAAACAAAGUCGCACUAUUUGCGCCACAAAAUGCCUGAUAUGAGUCUCGGAGAGAUUUCACCCAAACUGGGGCAGAAAUCUGACUGGCGUGACUGGCUUCGAGCGGUAACGCAAGAAGCAGACCGCCUGGACCUAGUCCAAUACCUCAGCAACGUGUUGAACGGCAAUGCGGCAGGGGUUCCGAAUCAACCCAACAACAACGACCGCAAGCUCCAGCAGAAUUGGCGAGAUUUGAAGAACGUGAUCAUCAAGUCGCUCAAAGGUGCAGCCGAAGCACAUAUGAAGGAUCAGGAUACCACUGUAAUGAACGCUGGUGAAGUGGUAACGGACCUCCGUGACGCUGGUUUCAGUCAAAAUGACCGCACAGAGCAACGAAUCUCUGCUAAAGCGUUGGAAGGGAUGCAUUUCACGAACCGUGAUUCUCCUCCAGACGUUCCAACAUUCCUGGCGAAGGUUAGAGAUGUCAUGAACCAAUCUCCGACCGUAUAUCCACCGGAAGUUGGUGUGGCUGUUGCUGAUCAACAAAACGGAGCAAUCCUCGACAUUCUGCCUAAAAUGUUUUCCAAAGCAUUUCGACAGACAAUCGAGAGGAUGCAAGAAGAAGAACGUCUAACGUUCGUCCAAAUCGGUGACAGACUCACAAAACGACUUCAAAGUUUGAUUGACUCUGGUGAGUACAAGAUCGAGAGUCCAUCUUUCGGCAAAGCUUUUCCAGCUGUCGAAGAUUCAGAUGAUGAAAACCAGAACAAUACCAAAACCAAGAAGCGUAAACGUCAAGAUGAGAGUGAUGACGAUGGUAACGCGUUUGCCGCUCUCAAGAAAACAACGAUCAAACGACUUCGCAAGAAGAUUCGCAAAGAAAUCAAGAACGAGGUCUACGCAACAAAAGGAAGUGGAAAGAGUAGUAGUAGUAGUUCUAGUAGUAAGAAGAACAAAGGAAAUGGCAAAGGUAAAGGUGCUAAGAACUCAAAUCCUAAUGAGGGAAUCCAGUGCAACUAUUGUCACAAAUAUGGACAUAAGGCGCACAAAUGCUGGCUAAACCCGAUGAGUCAAAGCUACCAACCUAACAAAGCCAUGGGCAGCAACUUCUUCAACAAUUCAUACAACUGUUGGCCGCAAGGUAACACUAUCCCUCCGUGGCACCAGAACAACUAUCCACCGCAACAAAGUGGAGGAAAAGGAUUCGACAACGGUAACCCACAGCAGCAAUGGGGUGGACAACAACCACAACGCUGAGUCGAAACCAAUCCGGAAUGGAAUGGAUAUGGGAGACGAGAUGGACAGUCCCAAGAUGAAGAAGAAUUGGAAGAAGAUUUCCAAAAUGAGGAUGGAAAAUGUUCGCUGAACUUGGAAGAAAACUUUGAGAAUAAAGAAUAUAGAAGUGAACUGCUUAGGGAUGAAAGCUAUAUGAUUGACAAUCACUCAGGUUGCUAUCUUAGUGCAAAUCAAAGCAAAACAGUUUCACUUGUUGACAGUUGUGCAAAUAAGUAUUUGUCUAGCCAUCGUUCCGAUUUCAAGAAAAUUAGCCACCGGCUUUGUCAUAUUAGUGGCACUGCUGGAAAGCGAAGUGGGAACCUAGGUAGACUAAAAGAAAACAAACUAGGAUUAAAAUAUGGCGUACACUUUGAACACUUACCAAAAGCCAUAGAUCGCAUUAUACCGUGGUUAGGUGAAGGAAACUGUCAUGAAAAGGGUUGGCAAAUGAAUUUCACAGAAAGUGGCGGAACGUUGUACAAUACUCGCUCCGGCCGCUCUCUACCCAUAACAAAUUGCCCCCAGAUGCAGUUACCUAUUCUAGGCUGUGACAUGUUUAGCAAAGAAGAAAAUGAAACUGAGGAGGAUAUAGUAUGCACUAGUAUAGAAGAAGCUAGACUUCAUUCACAAGCUUCAAGAUUAGACAUACAUCGUAGACUUGGUCACUUUCACGUUGAUGGCCUUAGUGUAUCUUGUCCAGAAUGUGAUCGAACCAAAGGUCAAAGACGCUCUCAUGCAAAAGUGAGACCCCCUGGACAUAUACCUUCUCCAUUGAAAACACUUGCAAUUGAUUUCGCAGUUGGUAUUAGACCAGUAUCUAUAAGAAGCAAAAGAUGUGCUUUAGUCAUUAUUUGUGAUUCGAUUAAAAUGUGUUUCGUUCGUCCUCUUUGCCUCAAGUCGGACUGCGUAGAGGUGAUUGAAGAAGUAAUAAAAGGCAUUCGCCAGGACUACUCAUUGUCACUCGACGACAAGGUGGUGUGGUUCAUCCGUAGAGAUAACGAACCCGUCCUAAGUAGUGACCAUAUGACCAAAGUCAUGCAAUCGCUACUGGUUUCGGAAAUUCCUGGAGUUCCUUACAACCCAGAAAUGAACGGAACUUGCGAACGUUUCAUGCGGACCAUUUUCGGUGCUGUACGUACCAUGUUGGUCAAAGUCGACCGACGUCUUUGGUGUUACUGCUUACAGUAUGCCGGAGAUUGUUGGAAUCGCUUACCGCAUCGUUAUGCAAAAAUGCCAGAACGUGAUGGAAUGAGUCCUGUCGAGAUACUAGAAAAGAGGAUAGGAAAGAAGUCCUCGAAAAGUGGUCUAGGUAUGUUAAGAAGAUUUGGUUGCUUGGUGUACUUUCGUGAACAGGUCGUAGACACCACCAACAAGAAAGAAGCAAAGCUUGCGUCACCUUAUCGGCGUGGUGUGUUUCUCGGUCUGUGUCCAGUUUCGUCUGGUUGGCUAGUAGGUACAUAUCACAACGAUGGGAGAACGAAAGCUGGCUUCAAGUGGAGUGAGUAUUCCACACUAGACGUAAAAUUUCGAGAGUCGAUAUUAGUCAAGAACAUUGAUUGGCUAUUGCCUACGUCGAAGGGCAUUUAUGUUGAUUAUGACCCGCUGGAAAACCUGCAGUCUGGCACGCCGUCGCUGGGUCCCGUCCUGCACAGACAUGCGCUGCAACGUAUGGCCUGUCAGCCGCGCUUCUCUGGCACGGAGUACAGCUCAGGCGAUCCAACCGGCAUGGAAAUGAUACUAGAUAACAAUGACAUUGGUGAGUUUUUCUGUGAAUCUUUGGACAAAGAGGAAGAUCCAAAGACCGGUGAUGAUUCCAACUCUGACGCGCAACGCGUUGAGGAGGGGAAUAUCUCAUCGGAGCGUGUGUCGCCUGACUCUAAUCCUGAAGCAAGGGAUCCGAGGACCUUACCCAUUCCACCAUCUCAACCAGGCAAAGUUGAGGAGGGGAAGAAAGGCCGAGGAAGACCUAAAGGGAGCAAGGAUAAGAAUCCAGGACAACGCAAAAGAAGAACAAAAGCCGAGCUAGAAGCAUUAAGAAAAGACAUGCAUAAAUUUGCCAUGCUAGCAGGCGGGCAUGAGCUGGAAGAAGGGGAGACCUUUCUCGAAGCACAUGUCAUGCUGUCAGUUUCCCAAGCCUUGAAAAGCCCUGACGCCGAGAAAUGGCGUGCAGCUAUCACCAAGGAGGAAGCUAGACUACUUGCCUUUGAGACUUGGGCGCCAGCUACUGACGAGGAGCUGCGAACCUCUUCUCAGGUAAUGCCUAUAGCAAUCGUUCUCACGGUAAAACGUGAUGGAACUUUCAAAGCUCGUGCUUGUGUGCUCGGGAAUCUUGAUCGUUCGGGGAAUAUCGACACCUACGCCCCUGUAGUGUCACAUGCUGCGAAUAGACUUUUACUCGUUUCAGCAGCGACGGACUCUGACUUCGUCAUCCCAUUCGACCUUGAUUCUGCGUUCCUUAAUGCUGAACUCGAUCGUGACGUCUUCUGCCGUCUUCCACCAGUGUGGGCGGAGAAGCAUGGAGCGGAUAUCGUCAAGCUUAAGAAAGCUCUCUAUGGGCUCAAGGACGCUCCACGAGCCUGGUUCAAGAAGUAUUGCGUGCUAUUGUCCGAACUCGGAUGGGAGCCGUGUCCUUCUGCUCCAGGAUUGUGGCGGAAAAAGAGCAAAACGCACCCAGGAAAGUAUAUGAAGAUGUCAGUCUAUGUUGAUGAUAACUUAGCUACUGGACCUGACUAUCACGAGUUACGGUCUGAGCUCGACCGGAUCUUUAGUCGCGCCCCUGGCCGACCUAUUGAGAUGGCAAAGCGAGUCGAUUCUCUUACGGGUUUCGAAUGGCUAGAGUUCGACUUUCUUGGUGCGAUUGUGCACUAUUGUCGGGAAGCACGUUCAGUGAAAAUCCUGAUGAAUGUGUACAUAGAGAAGACUAUACAGAAGUAUAAAAUAACAUUAGGUAAGCCGGUGUGGUCUCCAAAUUUCGACGAGUCUGCUUUGCUUGAGGAGGGGCUUAAGCUAGCAGCCGGGUUUCCAUUGCGUGAGAUUGUUGGCGCACUGCUUUGGAUAUCGACAACCGCAAGGCCAGAUAUUUGCGUCCCUGUGGCGACAUUGGCUCGGUAUGUCAGUAAGCCCGUUACAGAAAGAAUUGCAAAAGCCUGUAGAAAAGUAUUAAAGUAUCUAGCUACGACAAAAGACCAAGGACUCUAUUAUUCUCCAGAAAGUGAGGAAGAAUUCAACGGAAUUUACAAGAAGCUCCUACCAGAAGGAAGAGAGCUACCGUAUACUAACUGGUUCUCAGAUGCAGGAUUCGCAAACUGCAUAAAGAGCAUGCGCUCGACCAGUGGUUCGAUUAUGUACUAUCGGGGCUUUCCAAUCUGUUGGAAACGCAAUACACAAACCGUGCGUGCAUAUUCAACUGCAGAGUCAGAGUAUAUAGCCGCGUCGGACACUAUUGUCAUGAGCGAGCUGCAUGAUUUUACAGAUUUCUUCAAUCCCUUACCCACUCAAUUAGUGGAAACGCGGUUUGGUAUAUCGCCAUCCCUCGAUGAUGCCAUAUUGUGGAUAGACAACCAGUCUGCAAUCUCGACAGCAAAGAGUGAAGACACGAAGCCUAAGAGUAGACACUAUGCGUUACGUUAUUUACGAGUUAGAGACGCAGCUGAGAAAGUAGUUUUCUGUCCUACUCACCUCAUGAAAGCUGAUGGACUAACGAAACUUUCAUGCUCAUCUACUCAACGCAGAUUAUUAUUACAUCACAUAGAGAAUCCAGUCAUUAGCCGUAACCAUGAUGAAGAUGAUAGUGACUCGGAAACGGAAGAUGAUGAGUCUGGUUCAAGUUCUGCUUCCGUGGCGGUGCUUACCUAUUCUAUCUUCUUAGGGUGUUAGGUCGUUGGUCAAGUGGUGACGUCAGUGGAUAUAGAGAAUCGUGAUGGUUCUGGGUCAGAGCAGGUAACACCAGACCGUUUGUGACUUUCGUCAUUUCCUCACCUAGCGAUUGAGGAGGGGUGUUGGUCAAUGGUCAUUACUGGCUCAAGAUCCAACGAACGAACCUGAUUUCAAUGUCAAAUGACUGCUCUCACUCGUCACCUUGAUCAUGAUCAAUGCCGUUCCUUGUCUUGAACUCUUGUUAGUUCCUCCUAUGAUCAUCGUUUGAACUCAAUGAAUUCCAACAUGAAUUAGCAGCAAGAUCUCCCAGAUCUUUAACUGCACUAUGACCCUUCAUGAUAUCCCAAUGACAUUGAACCCAUUUUGAUACCAUUUCAGGGCCUUAAACAGUCAGUGAUCAUUCGGCACGUCCGUUCUGAUCGUCUUUCUGUUACAUUGCAACGAUAAUCAUUCCAUUUACUCUCAAGAGCCUCAUAUCGCGCUUGGACGUGUUCGGGUGUUCCAACAACAGGAAAGAUAGAGAAUUAUACAUCUGUCAUAUUAGUAGAUUCGAAUAAUUAGAAGAAGGUAGAACAAUACAAAAGAACUACGAUGCAAGCUUCGUCAUAUACAGCCACGGCGUGACCCUGGUAAAAACACAAACGCAUAUUAUUUCUCAAUUAACAAGUCAAAAUAAGACCCCAUAGCUUCAAAUUUUUCCCAAUAGUCGCGCUAUUUCAAAUUUUCCCAUUCCCACUCCGCUGAUGAUGAAAAAUAUCCUGACCAAAAGCAUCACAGAUUUUGCUUCAUCUACCAAGUUUGGGAGCAGUAGAGCCUCUUCU